GAGCGGCCCGCCGUGCCGCUCGCUGCUAGGGAAGCAACGUCCUACGUUUCUCAUAGGGAAAAAAAAAUGAGCAGGAGCGUUGCAUGCCUGUUUCCUGAGCUUAUUUUUUCUUGUUGUUUGCCAGCGCUGCGGUGUAGAAGUGCCAUAUAAGCAAUUUUUACUGCUUUGUGUCUGAUGGCUGUAUAAAAUGAAUGAGUAAAGUUAAUAAAUAAAGUGCAAUGCGCAUGUGAAACGUGUUUUUUGUUUUGUUUUUUGUUAGUACUGCAGCUUUAUAGAUGACUUACGGCUCUACGUGCGAGGAGGGACUGGUGGAAUGGGCUAUCCUCGCCUAGGUGGGGAAGGAGGGAGAGGUGGCGAUGUCUGGUUCGUUGCUCAGGAAAGAACGACGUUGAAGAGCAUUAAAGACAGAUAUCCCCAGAAGCGGUUUGUAGCUGGAGCAGGAGCCAACAGCAGUGUUAGGGCAUUAAAAGGUGAAAAAGGAAAAGACUGUGAAGUUCAUGUGCCUUUGGGGAUUUCAGUUCUUUGUGAUGAUGGAAAGCAGAUUGGAGAGCUUAAUACAGCAGGAGAAAGGUGCCUAGUAGCUCGUGGAGGUCUCGGAGGGUCUUUGGCCACAAACUUUCUGCCUUGCAAGGGUCAGAGGCGAAUUGUUCAUCUCGAUCUGAAACUUAUAGCAGAUGUUGGCUUAGUUGGGUUUCCAAAUGCAGGAAAAUCAUCUCUGCUGAGCAAGGUUUCUCAUGCCAAACCUGAGAUUGCAGAUUACGCAUUUACAACAAUAAAGCCUGAACUAGGAAAGAUCAUGUAUGCAGAUUAUAAGCAGGUAACAAGUAACUUCUGGGAGAUCUUGCCUAAGAUUUCAGUAGCUGAUCUCCCCGGACUGAUUGAGGGUGCACAUGCAAACAAAGGGAUGGGCCACAAAUUCCUCAAACAUGUAGAAAGAACCAAACAGCUUCUCUUAGUUGUUGAUGUAUCUGGAUUUCAGCUAUCUUUCAAGACUCGAUUCAGAACAGCCUUUGAAACUAUACUGCUUCUAACAAAGGAGUUGGAACUGUACAAAGAAGAACUUCUAACAAAGCCUGCACUACUUGCCAUUAAUAAAAUGGAUUUGCCUAAUGCAAAGGAUAACUUGAAUGAACUUAUGAAGCAACUACAGAAUCCUCAAGACUUCUUGCACUUACUACAGGAAGAUGUGAUUCCUGAGAGUACAAUCAAGUUCAAAGAUAUAAUUCCCGUAUCAACAUGUACUGGAGAAGGAAUUGAGGAACUAAAAACAUGUAUAAGAAAAUCACUAGAUGAAGAAGCAGAGAAGGAGAAUGAAGACUAUCGGAAAAAGAAACUACUACUAUUGCGAACUUCAGGAGACAAACAAAUGAAUAGAGGCUAGCAUUCCUAGAUAAUGUGGGUCUGUGUUUACGAACUUCUGGGUGGAUGAUUUAUUUGUAUUUUACCAUAAAUACAACCACUUGUUGUGAAAGAGGCCUUUAUGUUGUCGUUCCCUAAACCAAGACCACUGCUGUUUAAACCACCUUCUUCCAAUUUAAGACAAAGCUGAAAUGUUAUCAGGUAUAUUGUAUGUAAGAAAUGUACAGUGUAAGACAUGUUCUCUAAAAUGUGAAGCAUAAGUGUCAUUCAGGAGUAUGUAACUUUUUAGAGGAAAAUAGUCAUUAUAAAGAUCAUUUUCCCUUUGUUCUUGAGCAUUUCA